UUUUUAUUUUAUUUUUCUCACUCUCCCAAGAAAAGAAAAAAACCCCUUUCUGCGAACUUUUCUCUUCACCGAAAAAUCGCUCUCCUCCAUCUUCUCCAAUCGGCCCCCAAUUCCCUCCCUUCUCCCUCUCUGUCCAAGCUUUCCUCCAAAUCCAUGGCGGACUCGAGGCGGUACAGAGUGGGAUACGCAUUGCUACCGAAGAAGCAGCAGAGCUUCAUCCAGGACUCCCUCGUCUCCCUCUGCCGGGAUCGCGGCAUCGACCUCGUCCCGAUCGACCUCCGCCGCCCUCUAAUCGACCAGGGCCCCUUCGAUUGCCUCCUCCACAAGCUCUACGGCGACGAUUGGUCACGCCAGCUCGACGAUUUCCGCCGCUACUACCCCGAUGCCACCGUUAUCGACUCCCCCGAAUCCAUCUCCCGCCUCCACAACCGCAUCUCCAUGCUCCAGGUGGUCUCGGAGCUCAAAACAAACUCCACCGCAGUCUCACCAGCGGCCAGAUUCGGAAUCCCGAAACAGAUUGUGAUCUACGACAAGGAGACCCUCUCCGACAGCCGAUCAUGGGACCUGCUCAAGUUCCCGGUGAUUGCCAAGCCACUGAUCGCCGACGGUAGUGCCAAAUCCCACAAGAUGUCCCUAAUCUUCAACCACGACGGACUCGACAAGCUCAAACCCCCCAUCGUUCUUCAAGAGUUCGUCAACCACGGCGGUGUGAUCUUCAAAGUCUACGUGGUGGGCGAUUACGUUCAGUGCGUGAAGCGGAAGUCCCUCCCCGACGUGAUCCCGGGGAGCAUCAGCUCGGAGAGCUCGAUGCCGUUUUCUCAGGUGUCCAACAUCACGACGCCACAGAGGAACAAUGACGAUGACGACGACGACGAUAAUAAGUACGACUACUACAAGGUGAUGCAGCUGGAUGGGACGGAGAUGCCACCCCAGAGCUUCGUCGUGGACCUCGCCAGAGGUCUCAGGUCCGCGACGAAGCUGCAUCUGUUUAACUUUGAUGUAAUUAGGGAUUCGACGAGAGAGAAUAAGUAUUUAGUUAUCGAUAUCAAUUAUUUCCCCGGGUACGCAAAGAUGCCCGGCUACGAGCGGGUUCUGAUUGAUUUUCUUUGGGAUGUGGUGAGUGAGAGGAAGAGGACGACGGUGGAUCAGAUGGCGGUGGCUGCAGUGACGACGACUGCCGCCGGAGGAAAUAGGCCGGCAGCUGCAGCAGUGGGUGUGGAAGAGAAUGGUGUAAGCCCACGGCAGCAAGUGAUGUUGGGUUGUGAAGAUGAGGCAGUGAGGAAUAUUGCUGUAACGAAUAGUGGUUGUAGUACUAGUACUGAUAACUGUAUUGAUGGGGAGGAUCAAAAGGAGAAAUCUCCCAUUCUUCAGGUUUGAUUAGAAGCCAAAUUAUGAAAUUUUGGUCCCAAGGUUAACCUUUUGAGAGUUGAAUCAGGAUUAUUUUUGUAAGUAAUAAUGUUAGUAUUCUUUUUUACAUAUAUAUAUAUACAUAUAUG